CGCGCCGCCAGCCCCCAGAGUCUUCGCGUCGUCUGCUCAAGGAGAUCGGCUCACGACCAAACGUCCCAAAGACGUCAAGUUCGACCUAUUAAUCGGGGUUAGUACGAUCAACAACGUAACAACUGUUCAGUGUAGACGUUACUGGCAUCUAAACCUGCUUUUGGAGCUCCUACGUUUGAGACGCAGCGGCCAACGGCGAUCCAGCAGCAAGAGCGAGGAGAGGCGGGAGGGGUGACGGGGUGAUCGGCGAUGGUCGGAAGAGCGGCGCCUGCCAUUGUUUCCCACGAUGUUUGCUGAGAAUCGGCGGAUUCCCACGGGUCUCGGUCGGCGGCUGCGGCGGACUCGUGAGCGGUCGUGCUUGUUGCUGCAGUGUUGUGCGUCCGCGUGCAUGUCGUCAGUGGCGGUGCAGUUGCGGCCGACGUUCGGAUGCUGAGGACUGACUCGAGCGAAGCCUUCCUGCCCGCUGCGGACCAUGGCAGCUGCCUUCACGUAAUCGGGGACCAGCCGUUGGCGCUUAACAGCAGGCGCCGAACGAUGCCGCUUCCGCGAUCUCGGACCCCGUCGGUGGCCCCGCCGUGCGACCGGUAGUGCCGCGACGGCGGCACAAGGACGCGAUCAACGCGGGACGACGACGACGACCGUGUCCACGUCGAGCAGUGCCAUGAGCGACGUGUACCUCCCCGACGACCAGUACGCGGGAUACCACCCGGUGCAGAACAACUACUCGUCUCCGCACGACGACGGGACGUUCGCGGUGAGCGGUUCGGCCUACUCGGGCGACUACGGGCGCGACCUGCUGCUCGACCUCGGUCAGCAGGCGGCCGGCGCGCCCGUCGACAUGAGCAGUCAUCCGGCCCGCGCGCACCCGUACUUCAACAGCGGCGGCGUGCCGUUCAAGAACGGGCUGGCCGACGGCGAGCCGGGUGCCCUGCUCGGAUCGGCGGCCAAGGGCGCCGGCGAGGGCCCCCCGCAGGGCUCCCCGCACCUCGGGGUCCAGGCCCCGCGGCUGCCGCCCAGCCCGCUGCCCAGCCCGCCGUCCGAGGAGCGGUACCGGCGCGGCGAGCCGCGGCUCACCCGUGACGCGAUGGACCGCUACCUGCGCGACCGCGGCGACAUGGUCCUGGUGAUUCUACACGCCAAGGUGGCCCAGAAGUCGUACGGAAACGAGAAACGGUUCUUCUGCCCGCCGCCCUGCGUCUACCUGCUGGGCGAUGGCUGGCAGCGGAAGCGGGACCAGCUUCUGCGCGACGGGGAGGCCGACCAGGCUGCCCAGCUGUGCGCCUUCAUAGGCAUCGGCAACUCGGACCAGGACAUGCAGCAGCUCGACUUCGCAGGCAAGAGCUACUGCGCCGCCAAGACGCUCUUCAUCAGCGACUCGGACAAGCGCAAGCACUUCAUGCUUUCCGUCAAGCUCUUCUACGGCAACGGCGAGGACGUGGGCGUCUUCCAGAGCAAGCGCAUCAAGGUCAUCUCCAAGCCGUCGAAGAAGAAGCAGUCGCUCAAGAACGCCGACCUCUGCAUCGCAUCGGGCACCAGGGUGGCGCUGUUCAAUCGGCUGCGCUCGCAGACAGUGAGCACCCGCUACCUGCACGUCGACGGCGGCAACUUCCACGCCAGCUCGAGCCAGUGGGGCGCCUUCACCAUCCACCUGCUGGACGACAACGAGUCGGAGGCUGAGGAGUUCACUGUGCGUGACGGCUACAUCCACUACGGCUCCACCGUCAAGCUUGUCUGCUCGGUGACCGGGAUGGCGCUGCCGCGGCUUGUCAUCCGCAAGGUGGACAAACAAAAUGCAUUCCUGGACGCCGACGACCCAGUGUCCCAGUUGCACAAGUGUGCCUUCUACAUGAAGGACACUGAGCGCAUGUACCUCUGCCUCUCCCAGGAAAAGAUCAUCCAGUUUCAGGCAACGCCGUGUCCCAAGGAGCCAAACCGAGAGAUGAUCAACGAUGGUGCCUCCUGGACCAUCAUCAGCACAGACAAGGCGGAGUACACCUUCCAUGAGGGAGCCGGACCCGUGCGCGUUCCAGUGACGCCAGUGCCCGUGGUGAACAGCCUGCACCUCAACGGCGGGGGGGACAUUGCGAUGCUGGAACUGACGGGCGAGAACUUUGCCCCCAAUCUCCGCGUCUGGUUCGGCAACGUGGAGGCGGAGACAAUGUACCGCUGCGCCGAGUGCCUCCUCUGCGUCGUGCCAGACAUCUCUGCGUUCCGCGAGGGUUGGCAGUGGGUGCGGCAGCCGACGCAGGUGCCAGUGUCUCUCGUGCGCUCUGACGGUGUCAUCUAUGCCACAGGACUUACCUUCACGUACACGCCGGAGCCGGGUCCCAGGCAACCGGGACCGUACCCGGCGCUGGUGCACGACAUCCUGAGGCCCGCCAACGCGCGUUCGCAUCCUCCAGCACCAGAGGACCACGGAGCACCCACGGCAAACUUUGGACACCAUAUGCACUUUGGCUCUCACCACCAGAACAUGUCCUGAGGGGGGCCUCUCGAUAACUUAUUAUGCAUCUCGGCCACAUGUCUUCGACCGUUGUCCCGGUGUGACGGACGAAUUUGUGCAAUUCGAAUGCCCUCCUGAGUGAGCUGCCACAGUGAGUGUGCUUUCCCUAGGGCAGUGUUCGUAAAAGGCCGUACGAAGGAAAGGUAGUUAGCAGCCGGAAGCACUAACACAGCUCCUCGCAAUGAAGAAGGACCAAGCUUGCUUCCGGCCGACACGAUUGGCAGCGUGGGUGUCGCUGCUGUCACGUCCUUGUGGGAGCGUUCUUCCAUCUUGGAGACCUAAAGAUUUUGGGGUUGUCUGUGGGAAUGUGUCGGCACAGCCUUGCACCUAGCGCCCAUCCACACUCUUGUGUUUGAAACUUGCAAAAACCCUGUUGUUUUUUAUGCAUUUAGAAUAUUAUGCAAAAAGAAGAGAAUCUAGAGGGAGCGGUCCACCAAGGAACUCUCGGAUUUUCUACAGCUAGCCCAAAGAUAACGGACGAUAUCGCUAAAUGGAGGAUAUGGGGAUGUCAUAGCUUUGACACCGUGCUACGGAAGGGUCAAAAGGGAACAGGUCCACUCUGCAUUCUGACGUCGUGUGUCAAUCAUUGUCUGUGGAAGCGGCGUGCUGGCAACCUCGGAAUGGCAGUUAAGGUCACCAAAGAGGAAUGUAAGCUACUUUUUUGUUUGUUCCUUUAAGUCGAUGUUAAUUUGGCACGCUUGCCUGGGCAUAUUGUUUGUUCUAAUCCUCGAUUGGAAUUCCAUCGUAAUGGUACGGCCACUCCAUCUCUUUUUGGUACAAGUUGCCAUGUGGCGCUUCCUCUAGCCGUAACCUGAGUGUUGCCUUUUUCACCAAAACAGGGCCAACUCAUUACAUGCUUCAUCUGUUUCAUCAUGCACUGUAGUUCUUAGUUGGCAGCAUCUUUACAGCAGAUGUGGCUUGUUAACGUGGCUAAGUUCUCCCAACACGUUUUUAAAUUCAAGCCGGUAAUGUGUCUUGCAUAUCCAAUGUGUGCAAGAAGAAACGUUUUAGCUUUUAACUUUAGGGGUCAGUUUCAGCUCUUUUGAGUUGCUCUGGGCUACCUUUCUUAUCAUUACAGAACUUUUGUUUUACUAAAUCCCAAGGAAUUGAAUUUUGCAUGCAUGUAAGGAAAGUGUGUAAGCUUUAGUGAUGUGACAAGGCUAUUUUUGCCGUUUUUUUAAAAUCUAUCGCUACAUUGUGCGGUCUCUACAUUUGGUCAAAUGACUGGCCAUAAUAAUAAUAAUAGAUUGUACCAGACGUAAAUUGAGUGGCUGUGAUAAGACCUACACAUGACAUUUCCAAUGGGGUGCACUGAACGGCUCUCAUUGGGUGAUGGGAACUACAAAACAGGCCAUGGCUAGUACAAAGCAUUGAAGCUUGCUUCACUGCCUCGUAUCAGAUUCUGAGUAAACGGCCCUGUGUUUGUACAAAUUCAGCCCCAUUCGGUGCAUUCCAGCUUCCUCUUCUUGUGCACUACUUUCAUUCUCUGGAGGCAGUUAGAGCCUACUUUUAUUUUUUUUUAGCACUCAUCUUUUGGUGGUACCCUGCCCAAAUGGUGUCAUAUAGAAUCUUUGGAUUUAAUUAUUUUUAGGAAACCCAACACAUUUGUUUUGUGAGUGAUAUUGUAAAUCAUGUUUCUCUAUAGUCUUUUAUGCUGCAAUACAUUCUUUAAUGUUACUUUUAUUCAGCACUGAAAUGUGAACUAUUGAAUUGUGCUACACCUUCAUGGCAUUUCCUUGUGUGCAGAGUAUAUUUAGAAACACCUAUCAGAGCUCAUACUUUUUUUCUCGGUUUGUGUGAAUAACGGGAGGAAAAGAAGAAUGGACAAUGCCUAUGCAUUCCAGACAUUAAUUGCAUUAAAAUUACCUUCUCCCACAGAAA